AUGGUGGAAGAAAAUCAUUGUAUGUAUUUUGUGCAAAGAAAGAAACGUUAUUGCCGUAUGACAGUGAAGAAGGGAAAUAAGUAUUGCGGUGAACACCAAGAAGUUUCAUUACAAUUUCGUACUGAUAAAGAAAGAGUUGAAAAUAAACGAAUAAAAUGUCCACUUGAUUCUGCACAUACAUGUUAUGAAUCUAAGUUAUCUAAACACUUAAAGGUGUGUAAUGCAAAACGUCUAAUUGAUGCACAACCAUCAUUUAUAAUAAAAGGAAUUAAUGCUAAUGAAGCAUACAAUGCCACGCAACAUAUACCACUCUCCGAGUUAAAUGAACUUGUGAUAAGUACAGUUAUAGAUAAAGUAAAAGAUGUUUAUGAAAAGUUACCAAGCUUUCCUGAAAUAGUAUUAGAGCAUCAAAUACUUAAAAAUAAAAUAAAUGAUGGAUCUUGUGGAAAAAAUAUUAAGAAGCAUCUCUUACAAAACUCAUCAUUGUUAUCACACUUAGAACAGGCAAAUCUUGUUAAAGAAAAUACAUGUUUUAUUGAAUUUGGAGCAGGAAAGGGCAAAUUAACUUAUUGGCUAGGUCAAAUCUUAAAAAAUUCUAAAGAUUGUUGUAUUUUAUUAGUAGAUCGUUCAAGUCAUAGACAUAAAAGUGAUAAUAAAUUGAAGAAUGAACAAUCUCCCAUUCUAAUAAAAAGAAUACGUGCUGAUAUUGCUGAUUUGAAAUUAAAUGAUAUAGCAGAAAUUCAAAAAUUUAAAUAUAAAGUUGGUAUUGCAAAACAUUUGUGUGGAGCAGCUACUGAUUUAACUUUAAAUUGCUUAAUUCAAGCAAUGAAUAGUGAGCCUAAAUGCAAUGUUGUUGGUUUAAUUAUUGCAUUUUGUUGCCAUCAUAGAUGUGAAUAUGCAUCAUAUGUUGGAAAAGAAUUUUUAGAACAGUGUGGAUUUACACCAAAUGAAUUCACAGUUUUGUGUAGUAUUGCUAGUUGGGCAACUUGUGGAUCUGGUUUUAAAAAAGCACCUGUAAUUGAAAAUACUCAAAAAGAUUCAGCAAGAACAAAGACAAACAUAAAAAUUUUAACUUCGAGUGAAAGGGAAAGAAUUGGCAAAAAAGUAAAAUCGUUAUUAAAUUGGGGUCGUUUGGAAUAUUUAAAACGUGUUGGAUUCAAAAGUAACUUAAUUUAUUACACUACAACUGAUGUAUCUUUAGAAAACAUGUGUAUAAUAGCUACAAAAGAUCAAAUAUAAUAAUUUACAAAUAUUGUCAAUAAAUUUUUAAUAAAACAAAAUACAGUUCAUCAUUUUGUACAAUUUAAUUCUACAUGUAAUCAAAUAAAUUAAAAUAUCUUUAAUUCGAGAUUACAACCGUUUCGAACUAUCGUUACAUGUGAAUGCUGCACAAAGCAUUCAUUCCACCUACUAUAUACAAC